UGUCUCUCUCCAGUUUCCGCGCGCUCUUCCAAAUAGCAGGACGUCGAAUACAACCAGUCAAAAUCGGCUUUUCCAACUUUUUAGUGACACUUUUUCUCUCUUGGUGCAAAAAAUGCGAGCGUCUUGUCGGCGACGAGGCGCUUCUUGAAGUGGUGCGUGUGUGUGGUGAGCUUUAGAAAUCGGCAGGAUGUGCGACGUCCGACGCAGGACUUGGGUCUUGUUGGGGCUGCUACUGGGAUUGUUUACCGGUGGAGAAGCUCUCAAGGAUGUAUCAGUGACCAUUCCUCCCGCUGUCAAAAUCAUGGACACCGUCACAUUGCAAUGCCGAUACGACCUCCAAGGGGAGCCCCUCUACACCGUCAAAUGGUACAAAGGGGGACAAGAAUUCUUCAGGUACAUCCCCAAGGAGUUGCCAAGUACUCAAGUGUUUCCACUACCAGGCAUCAACGUCGAUCUGAGCAAGUCCAGUCCUAACGAGGUCGUCCUGCGAAAUGUGCAACCGGAAGUCACCGGACGAUACAAAUGCGAAGUUUCCUCCGACUCACCGAAUUUCUACACUUUCAUAGUUUCUGGGUACAUGUACGUGAUUGACGUCCCUGAGGAGGACCCCGUCAUGACAUUCGAAAAAGAUCUAUUAGAGAUGGGUUACACCGUCCGGGGUAACUGCACAUCACCUCCUUCUUAUCCUCCAGUCAAUAUCACCUGGUUACUCAACGGGAAAAAGAUAAACGAAAGCUCACUCAGACACAUUCCAGUGCCGAACGCUAUCGUAACCGACAACCGACGGCAACCGGUUAUAACCCAGUCAGCCCUCGAGCUGGAAAUUGAUGGGAGUACAUUCGAAGGAGGCAAGGCUCGAAUUCAGUGUGUGGCAACACUGUUUCACUUGUAUCGAAGAGAAGUCGAACUGAUCUUCGAAGAGGAAAAACCGAGACCUAGGCCUUCGUCCGAGCUACGCACCAGGGAUGCGACAGAUGGAUGCAAGGGUCGAUAUGCGAACGCUGCACUUCUUAUUGGACUCGUCCUGGUGGGUCUGCGGUAACGCCGAAGCUAAAUAAAGUGUGUGCAAAGUUUAAAUACAAUCAAAUAGAGCUGUAAAUAAUAAAAAAUGUAAAUACUUUUAGGUUGGUAUCGACUAGUAUUAAAUCAUUUUAUACCUACCAAAAAAAAUCAAACGGUUUCAAGUAAAAAAUGUAAAGUAGUGUUGACCUAAGUUAUUUUUUGCAAGGGUAUGACAUUGUGAUAAACUGUGAAAAGUGUAAAUAAGACAUUGAGAGACAUGUCAGUGUACCAUAGGAAAAUACUAAAAUAGAUAAAAAUAUUAUAAAUGUAUUUAAAAGUAAUAAAAGCCAAAGACUCAAGACUCUUCUUGUUCGAAACGCAAUUCAAGUCAUCAGUAGUUAUUGUGUGUUCGAUCCAUCAUAUAAGAAUUGUUGUAAAAUGUAUUACAUAUUUGUUACCUAAUGUAAAACCCGAGCUAAAUAAAGUAUUGUUAAAAAAAA